AUGUCGUCACUACCUCCACCGCCUCCUUUGCCAGCGGAGGGUUCUCUUGUUAAGGAGUCCAAGACUGUAAGCAUUGGGGAAAAUGACCGCUCUUCGUCUGAGCGGGAGGAAGACAGCAUCGACCUGGGGAAAGAGAUAUACGAUAGCAGCGCGGUUGACCCUGUGCUUGCAAAGAAAAUGGCACUGACAAACAACGCCAUUGAUGAGAUUGGCAUGACCGGCUUCCAGUGGAAGCUCUUUUUCCUCAAUGGUUUUGGCUAUGCGGUAGAUUCGCUUCUGAUCGUCUGUCAAUCAAUUGCCCAGCCAGCUGUGUCGCAAGAGUUCGGUAACCCAAGCAAACAUAUUGCUGGUGUUGCUCUUGCUUCUCAGGUGGGAUUGUUGGUUGGCGCCGCCUUUUGGGGAUUCAGUGCGGACAUUAUUGGUCGUCGACUGGCUUUCAACAGCAGUCUUUUCAUCUGUGCGGCAUUUGUCCUUAUUGCUGGCGGAAUGCCCAGCUACAUAUCGUUCUCCGCCAUGGUAGCUAUUUAUUCCGCCGGAGCCGGGGGCAACUACAUCCUCGAUGCCACGAAUUUGAUCGAGUUCCUUCCAGCAAGCCAUUAUUGGCUCGUCACGUUCAUGGCAGUGUGGUGGGCCGUAGGAUACAUGAUCACGGGCUUCCUGGCCUGGGGAUUCAUGAGCAACUACUCAUGCGCUCCUGAUGCCACCGUGGCGGAGUGUACGUGGGAUGAUAAUUGGGGUUGGCGAUACCUCCAUUUCACUUGCGGGGCCCUCGUCCUUGUUGCCGCCACGCUCCGCCUUCUGGUCCUUCGUAUGCCUCAAACGCCAAAAUGGCUGAUCUCCCAAAAUCGUGAUCAUGAAGUCAUCUCGUAUCUUUCUGAGAUUGCGCAGAAGUACGACCGAUCCUUCUCCCUAACCGCGGAAAGGCUUCAAAGUGUGGGACGAGUCUUGCACACCGAAAAGAGUGUGAUUUCAGCCUUGCGAUUGAGACAGCAUUUCUCCCAGCUAUUCAGCACCAAACGGCUUGCAUAUUCGACAAUCAUGAUCAUUGCAAACUGGACGGUGAUCGGAACCGUCAGUCCCCUGUUCAGCGUCUUUCUGCCAUAUUAUCUGGAAUCUCGCGGCGCGGAUGUCGGCUCUAAUUCCAAUUACGCUGUGUGGCGUAAUUACGCACUCAAUCAGGUUGCUGGCCUGUUCGGCCCAAUAAUUGCCGCGGUCCUGGUCGAAACUCGCUUCGUCGGACGCCGUGGCACUCUGGCAACGGGGGCAGCUAUCACGACCGCCUUGCAAUUUGGGUAUACGCAGAUCAAGACACCAGCACAAAACGUGGGAGUUUCCUGCGCCAUUUCAGCUGCUAGCAACAUCUAUUACGGCACUAUAUAUGCAUAUACGCCGGAAAUUCUCCCCGCUGCGCACAGGGCAACCGGAUAUGCGAUCUGUGUGGUUUUAAAUCGUGUCGGAGGAAUCGUCGGUGUGUUAGUGGGGAGCUAUGCCAAUGUCGAGACAACAGCACCGUUAUUUAUCUGUGGUGGCUUGUUUGGCGGCUUGGUUGUCCUCAGUCUUUUGCUACCAUUCGAGACUCGUGGAAGAAGAACAGUGUGA